AUGAGUGCGACAACCAACGAAGAAGCACCCUCCGAGCUUCCGUCAUCAGCCGAUUUCCUCAUCGACGCCCUUCCUGGCCAGCCGAAAUCGACCAUCAGUUCGAUUAUCCAGUAUGCCGGCCACCUGCCCUCUCACCCUCCCUCGACCAUCACCCCUCCUCCAGAUUCUCACCUAUGGUUUUGGCUCAUUCGAUCGAGGCACAUCGCACACCGCGAAAAAUUUGUUAUUUGGUUUAAUGGCGGUCCCGGAUGCAGUUCUGCCGAAGGUGCUCUCAUGGAAAUUGGCCCACUCACCCCGAAUCCAAAUGCUCAACCUGGAGAGCCAAUUGAAUUAGUAGAGUCGACGAUCGGAUGGUCAGAAUACGCGAAUCUGUUAUUCGUCGACCAGCCAGCUGGGACAGGCUACUCGUUUGUUAAUGUUGGAGAUGAUGUUCGCGAGCUGGCUCAGGCGGCUGAACAAGUGGUGGUAUUUCUCAAGAACUUUUAUAAAGUCUUUCCAGAGUUCUCUAAAAUCGACACUUACUUGGCUGGAGAAUCGUUCGCAGGACAGUACAUUCCUUACUUUGCGCAAGCUAUUCUUGAUACCGCAGCGCUCUCGACUCCUCUACUAGGGCUAUUAAUGGGUAACCCAUGGAUCAACCCUAAGGUCCAGUAUUUAUCUUAUUUAGACUUCGCAUAUGAACGAGGUAUCCUUGUAAAAGGUACAUCGAGCGCAAUAGAAGCAGAAAAAUCCUUUCGAAAGUGCGAAAAAGCGCUCAAGAAACCAACCGAGUCCAACCGCAUUUUGGUCGACCCUUGUGAAGAUGGUUUGCAAUCUAUCCUGAAUGCUGGCGCAAAGGUAAUUAACGGGACGAAAAUGACUCCAGUUGCCUACAACAUCACCGAGAUGUCAGCCGAGGAGGCUAUUGAAUGGCCUAAAAGGAAUCAGAAUCUCAAGGCAUACUUAUUCCAAAACUCUACAGUUGCAGCACUUCAUGCGACUGCUAAAAUGGGAAAAUGGACUCUUUGCAAUGAUACAAUAGGUAAAGAAAUGUGGGUGCCCCAAUCGGCACCCUCUUCGACAUUGAUACCUACCUUGGUCAAGAAGUUGAAAGUAGUGAUUUACGUUGGAGAUCAAGAUUACAUGUGUAAUUCACUGGGCCUGAACCGAUCGAUAUCCGAAAUGGAAUGGAACGGCCAGAAGGGCUGGGGCGUCGAUGAGAAAGGCCAGCCAAUCUUUCCCCAAGAUUAUUACGUUAACGGUACCAAACAGGGGAGCUGGACUGAAGCCCGUGGACUAUCAUUUGUGAAGUAUGAUCAAGCUUCGCACUUAGUGCCAGCUGAUGCGCCACAUGCCGCACAUGAUAUGCUUCUGCGAUUUAUGGGAGUAGAUCCCUUAGUAGCAGCAGGACCAAUGGGCUCACUGGCAUCUCAAGUGGGGACGGACGAUCAUACGGGGAUAAUUGUAAAAACACAUCCGAACGGGACGCUAGUUGACCAAGACAAGUUGAUACCCGAUUUGGAUAAGAAGCCCAGUAUUGGGGCUGCACCGGUUCUGGAGACGAUCGAGGAGCGGCAAGCGUAUUACGGGCCGCGUCAGACAGUUGCCCUCCUCGUUCUCCUGACCGGCCUGAUUCUGGGGCUUGUGAUGCUAUUUAAAUGGCGUCGGAGACGUCGACGGGGCCGACGCAUGUCCAAGAACAAGGGACGGGCGAUCUGCAUGGAGCCCCGGUCUGCAGACACGUACCGCAAUCGCCACACUCUCUUGCGCCGCUCGCCCAGUCCCACCCAGCGCAAACAACCACACCAUCCAUCACGCAAGUCCCAUCGUAAUCAUCUCACCGUUGACGAGGAGGAUCAAGCUUUGGCCCGUGCUGAAGAGGCUUCAAGCGUCGAGGCCGCGACCCUCUCCAGGAGAACCUCUCUGUUUUCUGACUUACCUUCGCAUAUCCAUGAUCAGUCUCAAAUCUUCUCCCUGGAAGACGAGGAUGAUGUCGAUCAACCCGACCAUAAAUUUGCAACCAAGUGA